UAGUGAAAACGGUACAAGAAGCAAAGAAAAGCAGUACCAAGUGAAAGAGGUGCUCCCAAAUAGAGACAGUGAAUUGUGUAUGAUAGGAGCAAUUAGAGGAAGAAAGAGACGCUGAGAGUGAGUGCCACGAAGCACGGGAGGUGUGUGGGGUGUCGAUCAACUGACACCCACGCGGAUGAAAAUUUGCUUCCUACACAACAGCAGCAACAGUUCCAGGACUAACGUUGGAAAAAGUGGAAAAUUCGUAUUAAUACAAAUCAUAGUGCAAUAGUGAAGUGAUAGAAUAGAAGGGAAGCAAAAUUCUCCCUCACAAGUAAUAAAAUCUCAGUGAAUAAACUCCCUUUAGACAGCAUUGCUUUGGACUACUCUGCAAAAUUAAUUCAGUGUGCAAAAGCCAGUUCCAAAUACUUCAGUGUGUUGAUUUUCUCUGGAUAAAAUCUAAUUAGGAGUCACAUCCUGGUGCACAAUCAACAAUCAUGCUGACCGUUUUGUUGCCCCUGUUUGGUUUAAUGGCUCUCGGUAGCGCGUCGCUUAGCUAUCCGAUAUUCGGCACUAAGCGGUAUACUCGAGCGAAUCUACUUCCAGCCAACGACUACGGAAGCUCCCUAACGGUACCGUUGUACUCACCCGUUCCCCAGUACUACGAAAAUCAGCCGCAGUACGUGCCAAUGCAGUCCUACUCGGUAGGGCCUGCCGCAUCGGAUUACUACGACGAUAGCAGCUACUAUAAUAGCAAUUACUUCUACGUUCCACCGGUGCAGCGGCGGCAUCAGCGGUUCGAUCGGUACCCAUCGUACGGCCUACCAACAUUCCAAGGAGAAUACAAACCAACACCGUACUACUAUGCGCACGCACCCAGUUACAGCUACUCGGACGACCGAGAGUCCAACAAUCCCCUGGAUGACCUUCACGAGGAAAUGCUCCAGGAAGAUGAACGCGAACGUGCGCGGGAUUACAUGCCCGUGGGUCAAGAACAAUGGUAUGAAAGUCCUUCGCGUCAUCCCGCUGACAAUGCAUUCCUCCGUAAUCUCAUCAUGUACAAUAAUCAGAUGAACUCGCUUCGCAAUAAACAGUUCGAAUCAAAUGAAGACUACGAGGAAUACGAAGACGCUGAGCCAGAAUACUACGACGCCCCUUACGCAGAAAACCGGAACACCUACAGCGGCUAUGUAAAUCCGUAUACCGGAAGCAGCCAGAGCAAUAGCCUCAACAGCAACAGCCGUAGUACAUUGAACAAGAUAACCAGCUUACGAAACAGCAUGGCCAAGAACGCCGUCGAAGAUGACGAAGAAGUCCAAGAGCUGAAGUCCCUCAUCCACCAACAAAAGAACAGCCGUUUGCUUCAACAACAACAACAAGCUCAAACACACUUUUCCGAACAGCAAACCCCUGCCCCAAUUGCCGACCUCAAGCAACAUCAGCAACGCUCCUUAUCCAACGACUACCAGCAGUACACCAAUAGCGACAGCUGGCAACGUGAUAGCCCCGCUUACAACACCUACGACUACGACAACGACAAUGACAACGAGUACGACGACAGCUGGAGCCAUUGGGAACGCAAACGCAACCUCCAACCCAAAAAGCUCAUACUUUCAGCAAUCGCUGCGGCAACCACUACACCACACGUUCAACAAACCAUCACCACCACCACCACAACUACCACCGAAAAGCCCAAGGUUGAAAUCAUUCAGGGACGCAAUGGGCAGAAGGAGGUGGUGCUACCGCGGCCGGCUUUACCGGUGCGAAAUCCGUUCGCCAACGUAGCAGCAACCGGACUGCAGCAGCAGCAACAGCAGAAGACCGCAUUCCGGCCGCAACCUGUCGAUGGAGUGGCGGUGCAAGGCAAGCCAUCACCGUCAGUGGCGGCGUCAUCGCCAUCGAACAAAAGUGUGUACGAUACGAUCAAGAAGAUCAUCGAUAUGCAGCAGAACCUGGAGGACGCGGAUCUGAGGCAACAACUAGACAGUCAACGACAUAAGGGAACCCGUGUUCACAAGCGAUUCGUCUCGACGGCCGAAUCGCUAGUCCAGCAGUUGGAUGGCCUGAAACGAACAGCGUAAAUAUGCUCCUGGGAUGAAAGAAUCACUCAAACAAGGCUCUAAUUUCUCCCAAAGUUGCUCCAAACCUAUCUUCCACUUCAUCUACCCCACUCUACCUUGUUUCUCUCUAAAUUAAGACGCGAUUCUCGGUUUCCUCCCAUCAGAAUCACAAUCCACAACCCAUUCUCACGCACGUAUUUCCAUUUCUCUCGAAUUACCGCGCCAUCCAAAAGCGCGCUGGAAAUAGUUCAAUUUUAUAAAAACAGAAAAACAAAUUGGUGAUAGUUAUUAUGGAUGUGUGGUUUGUUUUAAAAAGAAUUUCUUUGUAGGACAAAAUUUGUUCAAACUAAAUAAUUUACAGAGCUACAAAUAAUAAGAAAACUAAAUGUGAAACAUUCAUACAUACACACAUACUGAGACACAAAAGAGAACACUGAUUGAGACUGAAUUUAUGUAAAUAAUUAUAAAAAUGAGUAUAAACAAAG